UGACAACACAGUAGGGGCUCGGCGCGCGAAGGCAGAGGUGUUGUGCGGCUCCUCCUCACGAGUCGUCGAGCAUGUCGUCCGACUCCGUGGACUACUACUCCAGGCGCCCGAGGCCCAGCUACUGGCAGCAGCCCGGGCCGGAGCCGCUCAUCUGCCUCACCGCCGGCCAGCUGGUCGACUGGGCGGGCGAGCGCUACGGCGCCCGGGAGGCGGUGGUGUCCGCCUACCAGGGCGUCCGCUGGAGCUUCGCGCGGGCCGCGCGGGAGGCCAACGAGCUUGCCGCUGGACUGCUCUCCUUGGGACUGCGCCCCGGGGACGUGGUCGCCCUGUGGGGGUACAACUCCAUCCACCACUACGUCACACCUCUGGCCACUGCCAAGGCGGGGCUGGUACUGGCGAAGCUGGACCCCCAGUACCAGGCGCCCGAGCUGGAGGUCUGCCUGAGCAAGGUGGGCGCCAGGCUGCUGAUAGCUGUAACAUCGAGCACACAGACAUGGCCUGACUCUAAUAGCCAAGAAGGAGCUAGUGGUUACUUGUGUUUGAGCCAAGGUGUCGGUGCUGUCCCAGGCGAAGCUGGACCCCCAGUACCAGGCGCCCGAGCUGGAGGUCUGCCUGAGCAAGGUGGGCGCCAGCUGCUGAUCGUGGCGGAGACGGCGAGCUCGCAGGGAUACUACGACAUCGUCCGCGGCCUGUGUCCGGAGCUGGAGCGCUGCCCGCCGGGGGAACUGCGCAGCGCGCGCCUGCCGCAGCUCUCCACGGUCGUGCUGUGCGGCGGUCAGCGCAGACCGGGAGCCUAUCUUUUGGAUGAUGUCCUUAAACUGACAACCCCGGAUGGCAUUAGUAAGUUAUCCGAACUCCAAAACACAAUUGAUCCCGAUGACGCCGCAUUCAUACAUUACACAUCGGGUACUACAGGCAGUCCCAAAGCAGCUGUUUGGACCCAUCACGCUGCAGUGAAUGCUUCAAAAGCCUUCGGAAGGGUUUUCAACCCAGAUAAUAAGCCAUCGAAAAUUCUGGCUCAAAUUCAGGGCUGCCAUGUUGGCAUAAGCAUUGGUGGUAUACUAGCUGGUCUUCACGUGGGUACCACUACUGUCUUCGCAUCUCCGAAAUUCAAUCCUGACUCAUCUAUACAAGUACUUAAAGAAGAGAGAUGUGAUAUAAUUUUCGGAACACCUUACAUGUACGUGGACUUAUUAACUCGUAUUCAAGAACGUGGUACUUCUUUCACCCACCCUAUAAUAAUAGUUAUCGGUGGUUCAACAGUAUCAGAAGUUCUGGCUCGACGAAUAGUCAAGGUGUUGCCUGUUGAAAGGUUUGUGCCGGCGUACGGAAUGACAGAGGGACAUCCUUUAUUUGUUCCUAAUCUCGAUGAUACAAUGGACCAGAACAUUUUAACUGCUGGAAAACCAGCUACAGAUAUUGAGGUGAAGGUGGUGAACAAGGCGGGGAAGAUCGUCCCGGCAGGCACUGCUGGGGAACUGUGGGUGAGAGGCUACUGCUUGAUGAAGGGCUACUGGAGAGAUGACGAGAAGACCAGAGAAACAAUUACCAAAGAUGGUUGGCUUAAAACCGGGGAUCAAGUCAUCCUUCAGAGCGAUGGCUACGGAAGGAUUGUCGGCAGAAUAAAGGAUUCAAUUAUCAGGGGAAGUGACAACAUAUUUCCAAAGGAAGUGGAAGAACUUAUUCUAACGCAUCCUGACGUUAUAGACGCUCAGGCAUUUGGCGUCCCUGAUGCCCGCUGGACGGAAGAAGUGUGCGUCUACAUCAGGCUCAGAGAGGGCUCUAGGCUGGACGAACAGCAACUGAAAUCUUUCUGCAAGGGCAAAGUGGCAGAAUACAGAAUACCUCGGUACGUCCGCUUCACCAAGGAAUUCCCGCAGAAUGUGGUGGGCAAGGUAGACAAGAAGAAAAUGCGUGAGAACUUUCUUCAAGAUACAGAAUAUUUGAAAAACAAUGAAUCGAUAAUGAAGGGACUGUUCAGAUCAUCAUCUACAUAAAACGUUUUUUUUUUUUUUUUUGGUGAUAUUUUGUUAUAUUAUUAGAGCUUAUAAGUACACUACACUUGUGAUUAUCGUGUGACUAAUCAUGGACUGAAUUUUAUACUGUAAAUUUCUCUCAUAAUGAUGUGAUUUACAUUCUAUGCAGAUGCAGAAGAUUAUAGGUAUAAAAUUUUUCUUGCGUCAACAUAACAUCAUGUACAUUAAUAUACAUGAAGAGAAAUAUAUAUAUUAUUGCUUUGUACUA